AUGUCAAAUUCUAUGUAUGGGAUGAACCCUUUAUGUACAAAAGAGGAGUGGAUUGGUUGUUGUGAAGGUGUGUGCCCGAGAAAGAGCAAGAAAUGGUAUUGUGGCACUGCCACAACUUUGAUUAUGGGGGUCAUUUCAGUGGGUGUCGAACUACAGCAAAAGUUCUCCAGUAAAAUUUCAAAACGGGAUGAGAUGCCUCAAAAUCUUGUAUUAGAAGUAGAAGUGUUCGAUGUGUGGGGUAUUGACUUCAUGGGUACAUUCUCAUCCUCAUAUGUUAUCACAUUUCUCAAGAAGAACAUAUUCACGCGUUUUGGCGUACCUCGAGCUUUGAUUAGUGACACAGGAACUCACUUUCUAAACCGGAAAAUGGAAUACCUUCUAAGAAAAUAUAAUGUGCAUUAUAGGGUGGCUACCCCAUAUCACCCACAAACUAGUGGGCAAAUUGAAGUAUCCAACAAGCAGUUUAAACGGAUCCUUGAAAAGACAGUGAAUGCUUCAAGAAACGAUUGGUCAACGAAACUUGAUAAUGCACUUUAA